AUGGAUAUCAUGUCUCUGUCUUCCACCGCACACUAUUCUCAUAUGCCACCUCCCGUUCCCGCCUCCAUUCUUCCCGGAAAACACCAUCCCACCACCACUCCUGCCACCUCUACUUCCUCAAUUUUUCUUUCUGUAAAAUCCUCGCAAGAUCCCCCUCAAAAUCCCUCCAACAGCCUCCGCCGCCCAACAACUCAAAAGCCUCUCAGAACCUCAAUUUCACAAACCUCCCAAGUUUCUAAAAAUCCCUUAAAAAACCUUAUUAAUUCUCAAAAUACCCCGACCAUUCCGCCAUCAGAUAGUCUUAGUAGUAAGCUGUGGUUAUCCAGCAAACUCUCCCCUCCACCUCGACCUCCGCCCCCACCCCCGCCCCGCUUGUUAAAUGAAACAGUGGAAAGUGGAAAUGGCGACGGUACUUCGGAAAGUACAGAAAUUUGUGGUGCAGAAGAAGAUGAAGGGGGGAUGGAGUUUAGGGAGAAAGGCAAAAUCUUUGUAGGGAACUUACCACUAUGGAUAAAGAAAAAUGAGGUGGCGGAAUUUUUCAGGCAAUUUGGACCUAUAAAGAAUGUGAUUUUGAUAAAAGGAUAUGAUGAUAUUGAGAGAAACAUGGGAUUUGGGUUUGUGAUAUAUACUGGGCCCACGGCAGAGAAGGCUGCAAUGAAGGCUGUAGAGUUCGAUGGGGUUGAGUUCCAUGGGAGGGUACUGAGCGUGAAGUUGGACGACGGGAGGCGAAUGAAGGCAAAAACUGAGGGGAGGGCUAGGUGGGUUGAAGGCAAGGAGGGGGAUGGGGAUGAGUACAGAUCUAAGUGGCAUGAAGAGAGGGAGGGGUCGAGAAGGGAGUUCCGGAAGGUUCUGGAGACUCAUCCGGAGAAUUGGCAGGCAGUUGUGCGAAUGUUUGAGAGGAUUAAAAAGCCUUCCAGAAAAGAGUUUGGAUUGUUGGUGAAUUAUUAUGCAAGACGAGGUGACAUGCAUCGUGCACGUGAAACCUUUGAGAAGAUGCGGGCCCGGGGAAUAGAGCCGAAUUUACAUGUAUUUACAAACCUUAUUCAUGCAUAUGCAGUAGGAAGAGACAUGGAAGAAGCAAUGUCAUGUGUAAGAAAGAUGGAGGAGGAAGGAAUUGAAAUGAGUUUGGUGACAUACAGUAUUCUUGUGGGAGGAUUUGCUAAAAUUGGCAAUAUUGAAGCUGCAGAACGUUGGUUUCAGAAGGCCAAAGAGGAACUUUCAACCUUAAAUGCAAUUAUAUAUGGGAACAUAAUUUACGCUAAUUGUCAAGGAUGUAACAUGGAUCGUGCUGAAGCAUUUGUUAGAGAGAUGGAAGAGGAGGGUAUAGAUGCUCCAAUUGACAUAUAUCACACCAUGAUGGAUGGUUAUACCAUGAUAAGAAAUGAAGAAAAAUGUCUCGUUGUGUUUAAUAGACUAAAGGAGUGCGGGUUCACACCUUCUGUAGUCACUUAUGGAUGUCUCAUCAAUCUUUAUACCAAGGCAGGAAAAGUUUCCAAAGCUUUGGAAGUCUGUGACAUGAUGAAACUGUCAGGCAUAAAGCAUAACAUGAAGACAUAUUCCAUGUUGAUCAAUGGAUUUAUACAAUUGAAAGAUUUUGCUAAUGCUUUCUCAAUCUUUGAAGACGUAAUAAGAGAUGGUCUCAAGCCAGAUGUUGUGCUUUACAAUAACAUUAUAAGGGCAUUUUGCAGUAUGGAUAAUGUUGACCGUGCUAUUAGUACUGUUGAGGAAAUGAGGAAGGAGAGGCACCGACCUACUUCAAGGACAUUUAUGCCUAUUAUUCAUGCUUUUGCAAAAGCUGGAGAAACAAGAAAAGCACUCAAUAUGUUUAAUAUGAUGAGGAGGAGUGGAUGUAUUCCAACUGUGCACACGUUUAAUGCUCUGAUUCUUGGCCUCGUUGAAAAGCGUCAGAUGGAGAAGGCUGUGGAGAUUUUGGAUGAGAUGUUGCUCGCAGGCAUUAGUCCCAAUGAGCACACAUAUACAACCAUUAUGCACGGUUAUGCAUCACUGGGUGACACUGGAAAAGCAUUUGAAUAUUUUUCGAAAAUUAAAAGUGAUGGGCUCGAACUUGAUGUUUAUACCUAUGAGGCAUUACUCAAGGCAUGCUGUAAAUCCGGAAGGAUGCAAAGUGCUUUAGCAGUGACAAAAGAGAUGAAUGCUCAAAAUAUUCCUCGAAACACUUUUGUUUACAACAUAUUGAUUGAUGGAUGGGCUCGUAGAGGUGACGUUUGGGAGGCCGCGGACUUGAUGCAGCAAAUGAGACAAGAAGGGGUUCAACCAGACAUCCAUACUUACACAUCUUUCAUAAAUGCUUGCUGUAAAGCUGGGGAUAUGCUGAGAGCAAUGAAAACAGUUCAAGAGAUGGAAGCACUUGGAGUGAAGCCUAAUCUAAAAACCUAUACAACGCUUAUUCACGGAUGGGCUAGAGCAUCUCUUCCCGAGAAGGCUUUGAAAUGCUUUGAAGAGAUGAAGCUGGCUCAACUAAAGCCGGACAAAGCAGUAUUCCAUUGCUUGAUUACCUCAUUGUUGUCCCGAGCUACUGUUGCCGAAGAUUAUAUUUACACAGGAAUCGUGCGCGUAUGUGAAGAGAUGGUGGAAUGUGGGUUAACGGUUGACAUGGGGACUGCAGUUCACUGGUCCAAGUGCCUGCGCAAGAUUGAAAGGACAGGUGGCGGGAUAACAGAAGCCCUUCAGAAGACUUUCCCUCCCGACUGGAAUUCGCACAAGACUCUUAACGCUAUUUCUGAUAUUUCUGACGAUGAUGAUGCAUUGGACGAGAAUGAUUAUAAUGAUCGUUCUUUUCAUAAUAGUGAUGCCGAUUAUGAGGAUGACACAAACGUUGAUGUAAGGUUACGAUAUUAA